GGAACGUGCAUGAGCAGGCUGGUGGACAGAUACUCCCACUGUGCCCAACCCUUGAAUGGCCACAAGGGCGCCAAUUCCUUUCUGGACCCCGCCCAUUAAAGGGGUUUCAGGGUACACCACUUGUGGCCUUAUCCCCUCAAAGUGAAAAGUUGGUGUUCAACUCGUGGGGAAGGAGACACACUCCCGUGGCGCAGAGAUUCUCGACUCAGCGAUGAGAGUCUUUUAGGGCUGGCUGGAAGCCACCGCCCAGCCUACCGAUGCAGUCGGAAACCAGCGGGUGUGAAGAGGAGACCCCUUCCCUCUGGUGGGGUUUGGAUCCUGUGUUUCUGGCCUUUGCAAAACUCUACAUCAGGGAUAUCCUGGACUUGAAAGAGUCCCGCCAGGUGCCAGGUGUUUUUUUUUACAACGGGCAUCCAAUAAAGCAAGUAGAUAUCUUGGGAACUGUUAUUGGAGUGAGAGAAAAAAAUGCUUUCUACAGUUACGGAGUGGAUGAUAGCACUGGAGUUAUAAACUGCAUCUGCUGGAAAAAGUUGAAUGAUACUGAGUCUUCCCCAGCUGCUCCAAGCGCAAGAGAACUGAGCUUAACCUCACAGCUUAAGAAGCUGCAAGAGUCCAUUGAGCAGAGAACAAAGAUAGAAAUUGGGGACAUUGUCCGGUUCAGAGGUUAUAUCCGCACCUUCAGAGAAGAGCGAGAAAUUCAUGCUACUGUUUAUUAUAAAGUAGAUGAUCCAGUCUGCAACACUCAAAUUGCAAGGAUGCUUGAGCUGCCCAGUAUCUACAGGAAAGUUUAUGACCAGCCUUUCCAGAGCCCAGCCCUAGAAAAAGAGGCACUAAGCAAAAAUCCAGGUGCCCUGAACCUUACCAAUCUCACAUGUUUGCUGAGUGAAAAAGCCAAAGAAUUCCUCGUGAAGAACAGAGUGCAAACCUUCUACCAGCAGGAGUUGGAAACGGUGGAGUCUCUGCUGUCCCUUGCCAAUCAGCCCGUGAUUCACAGCGCGUGCUCCGAGCAAGCAGAUUUUAAGAAUGACACCACUACUAAGGCAAUUCAUAGUAUAUUUAAGAAUGCUAUAAAGCUCCUGCAGGAAAAAGGAUUCAUUUACCAGAAGGAUGGCAGUUUUGAUAACCUCUUCUAUGUAACCAGAGAGGACAAAGAACUGCACAGAAAGAUCCACCGUAUCAUUCAGGAAGACUGCCAGAAACCAAACCACAUGGAGAAGGGCUGCCACUUCCGGCACAUCUUGGCCUGUGCUCGCCUGAGCAUCAGCCCGGGCCUGAGUGAGCCCGUGUUGCAGCAAGUGCUGGAGUUCCUGGAGGACCAGAGUGACAUCGUCAGCACAAUGGAGCGCUACUACACAGCGUUCUGAGGACAGGCCGCAGGCAGCCCAGGCGGAGCUGGGCCAGGGAGAAAGACCAAGUGGUGUUCAUUUCCAGGCCCUGAUUUUAAACAUGCGGAGGCUUACAGGUCAGGAGGCAAUUAUCUUAUAAUCAACUGUAACAUACGGUCAUUUGAGGAAUGGAAUUUAGUGUGAAUUUUUUAGGCUGCCUUCUACCUGCUGUAUCCUUGGGGUAAAGUGACUUUUAUCUCAGCCACAACACACAAGAGAACCCUUUCUGUUGGCCUCCUGAUGGGACGGAACACUGCUGAUGAAGCAGAAGGGGAGGAGACAGUGCUGGUGGCUGAACCGUGCGUGUAGAUGGGGCUCUCAAAGGGGCAUCACAUGGUAAAGCCCUUGGACUGUGGGAGGGAAGAGCGUGCAGCCAGAUCACACGGAUCUGAAACUUUUUAAAAGUUUAUACUAUCAGGAACAUUAUUGUGUGUUUGCUUAAUGGUUAAGAACCCAGCAUAGGAACCUAGCUCUCCCUGAAUGAGUGCUGCAGAGCUACGAUUUCCAAGGGCCAAGCACCGGCGGUGGGUCCUGAGUCAUGGGCUCAGUGCU